AUGACGGAGGCUAAGCCCGAGGCAGGCAUUGGCGGGCGGGUGGUGGGACUGAGCGAGAGCACGGCGAGUAUAUGGACCGAGGCGGGGAGUGUGAGCUCGACGGGCGUGGGCGUGGGCGUGGGCGAGGACGGGCUCUGUUCGGACGGAGGAGUGGCGAGCCAGCAGACUCGGGCGGUGGAUGCCGAGUUGGGGCAUUUGCGGGCGUCGCGGGCACUGCAGAGGCGACGGAUCUUGUGGCCGGUGGGCCCGACGGGCCGGCAUGCGCGUGGGCGGUUUGCUGAGGUCAAGCUGCUGGCGACGGUUGAUCGGAGCGGUCGUCGACGGAUACACGGCCGGGAGGAGUUUGAUCGGCUGGAGGCUGUCGAGGCCGAGGUGGCGGCCAUGGCAGAAGCGGAGGCGGCUGCGAAGUUGCAGGCGCAGGCCGAGACCGGCUCCGGGCUGGGACGGUGGUCGUUGUCGUCGUCGUUGUCAGGCUCAAGCUCAGGGCCGGAGCCGGGGUCAGAGUCGGAGCUGGGCUCAGGAUCGGGCGAGGCGCGUCCGGCAAUGCGGCGGAAGCGGAUGCUGUUUACUUCGGUGAGAGCGCUGGUGGUGUGCCAGCAGUACGAGGACAUAGCGUGGCUGGCUGGCGCGAUUGAGGCCGGAGGCGAGAGUGAGCGACCUGUGCGGAUCCAGACGAUGGAGGCGCUGGCGCGGGCAAAGAACGUGCAUGGGCGACUGCCGGCGUAUCUGCGGUGGACGCGGCCGGCGCUGCGGUACGCAAACCGGCCGCGGCUGGCGCUCGACGAUUACUGGGACGCGCGCGGCGGUGGCCGGAGCUACUGCCGCAUAAGCUGA